AUGACGAUGUUUUCAAGUGUUAAUGCAGGCAAUCGGCUGCCAUCUCCGGGCAGAGUCGGUCGUGGGUUCUCGCCUUCAGCUACAGCUAUGGCUGUGGGUGCCAAUCAUUGCGAUCAGUACUCUAGCUCAGAUACAGAAGAAUUCUUGGAUUCUUCGGCCAACAGCUCACAAGUUUCAUUCGCGCAAUCCUCCACAAGUUCUAGCACUGCAAUUCCUUCUCCUGCUCGGCUCCCCACAUUUCAUGCAAGCGGGCAAGGUGUUUGGUGCGCUGUAGUUUCUUAUGAUGCGUGUUGUCGACUCUGCCUUCGCUCGUGGGCUCAGGAUCGUUGCAUGGAAGCUCCCUAUUUCUUGAAUGAUGAAUGUGCAAUACUUCGAGAGGCAUUCGGUUUGCGGAAAGUAUUGUUACAGUCAGAAGAAGAACUACUGGCAAGACCAUCUCCAGAGCCGACCAGUGAGAGAGCUUCUCCAAAAUCUGGCAAUAAUCAUCUCAAGUGUACUUCUAUUGCAGAAACUGUGGCGUAUGACUUUGUGCUAGAAGUUGCCAUGAAAGUUCAAGACAUUAAGGAGAGAAAUUUGUUGCUACACGGCCAAUGGAAGUGGCUAGUAACCCAGUUUGCAUCCUUUUAUGGAGUAUCAGAUUCAUACACCAAAUUAAGAUACCUUUCCUAUGUCAUGGAUGUGGCUACACCCACUGAUGACUGUCUAGCCCUGGUGCAUGAUUUGCUACUGCCUGUAUUAAUCACGAAAGGCAUGAGUGGUUUGAGCCAUCUGGAGAAUCGUAUUCUAGCGGUGAUUGAGGAUAAAGUUCAGCAGAUCAUUGCAUUGGUUUUUGAGAACUACAAGUCUCUGGAUGAAUCUUCACCAUCAGGGAUGUUGGAUGUUUUCAAGCCAGCUACUGGGAUGGUAGCUCCUGCUUUGGUGUCUGCCCUGAAGGUAUACAGCCUUCUUCAUGAUAUUUCAAGUCCUGAGGCUCACUUGAAAUUAUGCAGAUAUUUUCAGACUGCUGUCAAGAAGAGGUCAGCAGGGCACUUGGCAGAAACAAAUGAGCUUAUCUUGAGAAGUAACAGGAGCAGAUUGGUGGAUCCUGUGACUCUUUCAGCUUCUUAUCACAAGAUGAAAUCUCUUAUUUGCAAUAUCAAAAAUGAAAUUUUCACCGACAUUGAACUCCAGAAUCAGCACUUGCUUCCGAGUUUAAUAGACCUUCCAAAUAUCUCUUCUGCCAUUUAUUGUGGGGAUCUCCGCAACAGAUUGCAUGCUUUCCUUGUUGCAUGUCCUCCUCCAAGCCUUUCACCUCCGGUUGCAGAACUUGUUAUUGCUGCAGCAGACUUCCAGUGGGAUCUUGCUUGCUUGAACAUUACUAAUCCUGUCAAUGUUGGGGUCGAUGCAAAAGAGCUGUUCCAGAAACACAUAAGCAUUUGGAUUCAAGAGACGCGCCGCACUUUGCUUGGGUUGUGCAAAUCACACAAGGUAAGAAAAUGGUCAGGUGUCAAAAACCAGCACUCAACAAAUGCUUUUGUUGAAUAUAUGUACGAUCGGCUGAAGGGGAUGAUGGAUGAAUAUGAAGUCAUCAUUUUUCACUGGCCAGAAUAUACAUAUCAUUUGGAGAAGGCUAUAGCAGAUAUUGAAAAGGCAAUUGUCAAAGCCUUGUACAGGCAGUAUGCUGAUGUUUUAACACCAUUGAAGGGCAAUCCGACAUCCAAAAUAUAUGGCCUCAAAUAUGUCAAGAAAAUUGCCAAACGAAGUGGCACCUAUGUUGUCCCAGAUGGGUUGGGAAUUAUUUUGAAUUCCAUGAGAAGAAUGCUGGAGAUAUUGAGGCCAGAAAUAGAAACAAAGCUGAUUUCCUGGAGUUCUUGCAUACCCAAUUACAAAAACACCACCAGAGAAGGUUGUUUCAUUGAAGUAAAUGUGAUGCUCAGAAGUUACUUGGAUGCAGUUGUGGAGAAACUUGCAGAGAAUACGAGGCUGCGGGGUGAAACAAAAUUGAAGAAAAUUGUUCAGAAUUUAAGGGAAGAAGAUGUGCUAAAAUCUGAUGUAGAAAGCAGAAUGCAGCCACUGAGGGAUAUGCUAAUAUGCACAAUGGAUCACCUCCAUACUGUCGUUGAACCUCAUGUAUUGAUGGCAAUAUGCCGAAGUUUCUGGGACCGGAUGGGACAGGAGAUAUUGAGUUUUUCAGAAAAUAGGAGAAAGAAGAACAUGUCAGAUAAAGGCUUGCGAUUUACAGUUUCUAUUUUGGAUGAUGUAUUUGCCUUGGAGAUGAAGAAAUUGCUUGGGAAUGCGCUGCAAGAGACAGAUUUGGAGCCGCCGCCAAAUAUUAGGGAACUGCAUUCCUUGCUCUGUUUUGAAAGAUAUGGCAUGUUGGGAUAA